ACUUCCUGGUUGAAAGAAGUUGAACUCAAUCGUCAUACUCAUGCUGCCGGAUAAUAACAGAGGCUGUAUUUAGUUAGCUAACCGGCGGGGUUGCGGUUCUACUAUUAAAAAUACCAAAACUGUGUCAAUAUUAGAAAUAAAAUGUCUGGAAAAGCAAAGGAUCUUCUGCAGAUGGACCUGUAUGGUCUGCUCGGCAUUGAUGGAACUGCCACACCGAAAGAGAUAAAGAAAGCAUAUCGACAGAAAGCGCUGACAUGCCAUCCCGACAAGAACCCGGACAACCCGAAAGCAGCUGACCUCUUCCACCAGCUCUCCCAGGCUCUCGAGGUGCUGACCGACGCGGCGGCCAGGGCGGCCUAUGAUAAGAUCUGCGCGGCCAAGAUACAAGCAGCGGAGCGGACCAGAAAACUAGAUGGCAAGAGGAAGAAAUUCAAGUUUGACUUGGAGGCCAGGGAGGGUCAGGCCGAGACCCAGACCCAGGAGGAAGCGGGGAACACGAGAUCCCUGGAAGAGGAGAUCGCCCGUCUGAGAGAGGAAGGCUCCAGGCAGCUUCAGGAGGAACAGCGACUGAUCCGGGAGCAGAUCCAGCGGGAGAGGGAGGAGCAGGAGCAUAGAGGAGCCGGUUACACACACCCAGACUCGGGGCUGGGGAGAUGUUCCAAGAGCAACGUGACCCCCAAAUUGAAAUUGAAGUGGAAGUGCAAGAAAGAUGAUGACACUAACGGAGGCUACUCUCAGGAAGACCUUUCCAGACUGCUGCACAAGUACGGGGAUGUUUUGAAUGUGCUCGUGUCAAGCAAGAAGAAAGGAAGUGCUGUGGUUGAAUUUGCAACUGUCCGAGCAGCUGAGCUGGCGCUGAAGAACGAGAGGGGCCUGAACGAAAACCCCCUGAAGAUCUCGUGGCUUGAAGGAGAGCCAGAGUAUGUCGCCCCGGCGUCUCUACCUGACCAGUUUUCGCCUCAGGCCCCGCUUAGCACGGAGCGCGACUACGAGAGCGUGGUGCUGAUGAGGAUGAGGCAGGCCGCGGAGCGCCAGCGGCUCAUCGAGGAGAUGCAGGAGGAGGACGACAAAGCAGACGCCAAGGUCAAGUCCUAGCAGGCAGGGAGAGAGACGGGUUCCUCCUCUCGCACACAAACACACCCACUCUGCCUCCUCUGGACUCGGGCUUUAGUUGCAUAAAGCCUCUUUAUGGACGUUUGUUGUACAUUUUUUUACGUUUAUACAUUUUAUCAGCGUUAUCAAAUGUGGGGAGAAAUAAAUCUAUUGCAGAACGGUAGAACAGUGUGUUUUUAAUGAGCCAUUGUCGUCAUUAUGAUCCACUUUCUCCUCAAUGGAUUGAGGAGAUCAGAGGAGACAUGAUACAAACCUGACAUGCCAAACUGAACCACUGGACUGGUCUACAGCGACGUGGUCCCAAGAGCUGAGCCAUACAAAAUCAAGGUUCUCUGCUCGGCUUGUUUGUUUCCUGCUCUAGUCUUGUUCAUUUCAUGUACCAUGAGCGUCAUAAGAUUGGAUCGGACGUUAUCAGACAAAAAAUGAAACGAAUUGGCUGUGCAACACAAGAUCUCAUCCAAACGCUACAAUCGUGUAAUUUGCGUGUCAGUAGCGUUCUCUCAUAAACCGAGACGACUAAUUAUCCUCAGCCGUAGCGCGCCACGUCAAACCGUCAUCUCUCUCGUCACCGGGCUCGUCGAGCUGAUCUCAAAUGAGUCGAGUCGUCUGGCGCUCCAAAGCCGCAGACCGGGCCGACGUGAUGAUGUGGAAAUCAUGUCUGCUCCAUGCAACUGAAGAAAAAAAAAGCAACUGUAAUCAGUGGCCGGGGGAACGCUAGGUACACAACGGGUUCUAUUGGAAUUCCUGUGGGCUCAUGUGAUGAAAAGUGAAUUUCAUUUUUCUUCUUUCUGUUUCGGAGCGUGUCCGGUACAGAGAAAGCUAGUGGUUAUGAUGGUUACCGAAGCCCUUUGUAUACAAUCCAUCUUAAGCACUCCUCUAAAUUGGGGAGGCUGCUGGGAGUGUACAGUUUGAAGACUGCACAAUGCAGUUAUUAUUUCAGCAGACUUUUCUUUUUGUACACUGUGGCUUUACCUGUGGUUAAUUUCCUUUUUUAUUGGAGAUAACCAAUUAAAUACAAGUAUGUUGCAAAGCUUGGAGACUUGAAAUUAGAUGUGGGGGUAGGAUGUGCAAGAGUAGUAGGGCAAAUAUCUGAACCAAAUUGAUAGGAAUUCAAAUGUUUAUUAAUUUCAUGUACUGCUCGAUUCUUUUUUCUUAUAGUAAUGUCUCUGUGCAACCACAAAUACUUUGCCUCGCGAGGCAGCUGGAUUUACUAGCUCACGAUCACGCAAGACUCCAUCUUUCCAGGCAUCAAGCCAAGCAAUUGUGUUUGGACCAAUAAGCGUCCUACGAGGAACUAUGUGAUCUACGUGAUGCAUGAUGGACAAAUGGUUCAUCCGAUCACCUGGCAAGCAUUUUCUGAAAGUGCCUGCCCUUUUCCAAACACUUUCCAGGGACGACUUCCCAGAUGGUUCGGUGUAACCACCCAUCUGGAUCAUCAGGUUAACAAAUCUAGGCACACAACCAGUACGGUUGUUAUAGAUCCAAAAGGCCAAAUCUGCACCUUGACUUUUACAACAAUAAUUGCAAUAAUCUAAGUUGUGCACUUCCAAGUGUGAAAGCAGGCAUCACAAUACAGGUGUUGGAGCACCAGUCAAAGCCAACAUACAGGAGACUGUAUGUUGACAUUUAUGUCAGUAUUAUUCGGCAAAGUACAAGGUAUAUUGUUUUUUUACACUAAAUAUCCUACUGUACAUUUCUUGGGUUCAUUAAUGAGGGAGUCACAGUUGCCAUCCUUACAGCCUCUCUGAUUGAGCCUCUCAAUCAUUUAACAACAUUUAAUUCAUAUUCAAUUCGAUAUUUGAUUUGAGUUGUGUUGUGAAGAUGAAUAACUCAAUAGUUCCAAAGUUGUAUCAAUGUUUUCUUCAGGGGAAUAAUAUUCUCAUUAAUGUUGAUAUUCCUUGUGUCUGAAGUUACGAGGAUGGGUGCGUAUUCAGUGAUAAUGGAUUGGCUGUACAUGUUUUCAUGCAAACCACCGUUAUACUCUCUUUUUGUUUUUAAUUUCACAGUUCACUCCCAUCCUACCAGAACACAUCAAGUGUCUUUAAAAACGUAACUCUGUACGUACCCUGUGAUCCCCCCCCUCCCCCUGUUUAAAUGAAUUUCCUCUGAAUUAUGUUAUUCUAUUAUUGCGCUAAGCUGUUCCCCAUUAGCGUUAUGCAACUGAUUCCAAGCAGAUACUCUGUGCUCCUCGUGUGAGCCACAUCAAGUUAAGACCACACCAGUGCCCACUGCCAGACCGCCUGCGGUCAGCCCUACUCUCGGGACCGUGUCCUCCCUCUUUCUGUCUGUCUGUCUGUGGCACGUCGCUCUACCCAAGUGGAACCAUGUACUGUGUGUGCGCGCAGCGAUAGCGUAACCAUGUGUCUCUUUCCGCGGUCGCUCACCGCCCUGCCUUGUCACGUCCCACGCCGGGGCUGCGACGC